AUGUAUGCGAAUUGGGAGGAAACGGAGAGGAUACAGGAAACGUUGAAGAAGCAGGAGGAGCGGAUAAAGGAAGCCGUGAAGGAGAAGGAGAGAGAGGACCGCGACGGCUACAGGAGGAGACGCAGUCGCUCCCGCUCGCCGAAGCAGCGUCGCCACAAGAGGGAGCACAGCUCGUCGAAGUCGCCGCGGCUCGGACGCAAGUCCAAGACUCCACCUCCGUCGCCGGCGAACGCUCCCUCGCCGACCCCGGCCAAGUCGACGGCAACUCUCGCGGAGGGAGACGCGGCGACCCAGGUGGCGCCGGCGGCCGGGGUCGCCGCUGCGGAGAUCGCGGCCGGCGACGUGAACGGCGUGAACGUGGGGGAGCCACCGGAAGAGAGCAAGGCGGUCGACACAGAGAAAGCAGAGGCGAAGGAGGAGAAUAGUAAGAGCAAGGUGGACGAGAAAGAGGAAGCCAGUAAGAAGGACAAGGAGGAGGGUCGCGAUAGAGACCGAGAGAGGGAGAGGGACCGAGACCGAAAGAGCGACAGGGAUCGGGAGAGGGAGCGAGAGCGAGAGAGAGAGAAGGAGAAGGACAGGAGGAGGGACAGAGAUAGGGACAGAGAGAGAGACCGGAGAGGGAGGUCACCUUCUCCCCGACACAAACGCCGAUCAAGGUCGCGGUCGCCACGGCGACGGAUGCCCGUACACAGACCGCCGCUCCGCCGACGGCCGAGCCCGUCGCUACGGCGACGCCCGAUGCCAUCGCGUAGCCCCCGGCGACGGCCUUCGCCCCCGCGAAG